GAAACCUAAUAACGGAACUGUAAAAUCAAAUUAAAUUGGCUCAUUCCUAUUUGUUACUAGUAUUUUUAAGUCCACGCCUGUACCUGGUUAGAAUAAAAAUUCAAAUCUAACUCCAAGAUGUGCUUUACGAAUUUCCCAUUGAAUUCAAGUCAGCUUAUCUUCCCUGUGGGUGCCAUUUGCUACUUGAGGAUGAGAUACUAUGCGUUUCCUCUUCUUCAAAUGCCGUGAAUUUUCCACUCUGAAUCCAAUCAACACUCUUGAGUUGGUUAAUUCCAAAAUCAAAGGCUUUAUCCAGCAAGGGAACCAUCUUGAAGCUUUAUUAGCCUACUCUAAACAACCUCUUUUUCCACUACACACCUCCAAAUUCACUUUUCCUCCUCUCCUUAAAUCCUGCUCCUUUCUUCCAAAUCAACUUCACGAUACUGGUAAAAUAGUCCAUGCCACGAUCAUCCUAAAGGGUCUUCACUAUGAUCCUUUCAUCACCACUUCACUCAUCAACAUGUACGUUAAAUGUGGCUCACUUUGUAAUGCACUCCAACUGUUUGAUUUUAUUUCUCAAUGUGAAGAUUUGAAUCGAGAUGUAACUAUAUGGAAUGCUAUGCUGGAUGGGUAUAUAAGAAAUGGACUUACUGAGGAGUGUAUGGGUCUCUUUAGAAGAAUGCAAGAGCUUGGUGUCAAGUCUGAUGAGUACUCUCUUAGUAUUCUUUUGAGAUUCUUUAAUAAUGGUCGUAUCGGGUUAUCGAAAACAAAAGAAGUUCAUGGUUAUGUCAUUAGAAACUCAUUUGGUCGUGAUCCUUUUGUGGUUACAGCAUUGAUUGAUAUGUACUCAAGUUGCGGUAGGCCAAAAGAUGCCUGGUGCAUUUUUGAGAGUGUAGAAGAUAAGGACAAUAUUGUCGUGUGGAAUGCAUUGAUUGGGGGCUUAUCGGAGAACAGAUUAUGGAGAAACAGCAUGAGACUCUAUUCAUUGGCUAAGAAUAAGGGCUGUAAACUUAUGUCGACGACUUAUUCUAUUACUUUGAAAGCUUGUUCUGAGGCUGAAGAUAUAGAUUUCGGGAGGCAGGUACAUUCGGAUGUUGUCAAGAUGGAUUUUGAGAAUGAUCCUUAUGUCUGCACUUCGGUGUUGUCCAUGUAUGCAAGGGUUGGUCUGUUGGAAGAUGCAGAUAGGGCUUUUGACUCUGUAUUAGAUAAAGAAGUUGAAGUGUGGAAUUCUAUGAUUUCAGCUUAUGUUGGCAAUGGCAGAGGUGAUGAUGCUUUAUGCGUGUUUAAUGAGAUGCGAUUAAGAGGAGUUCUUUCUGAUUCUUUCACCUUGUCAAAUAUUCUUAUAUCAUGCAGCAUGACCGAAUCUUAUGAUUUAGGUAGGGUAAUUCAUGGUGAACUGAUAAAGAAACCAAUACAGAAUAACAUCGCGUUGCAAAGUGCUCUAGUGACUAUGUACUCAAAAUAUGGAAUGCUAAAAGAUGCUCUUGAAGUUUUCAGUAGAAUGGUGGAGAAGGAUGUGGUUGCAUGGGGCUCAAUGAUAUCAGGUCUCUGCCAAAAUAAGAAAUUCGAUUUGGCACUGGAAAUAUAUAAGGAAAUGGAGACACAUAAUGUCAAUCCAGAUGCUGAUAUAAGCGCAAUGGUGAUAAAUGCUAGUGCAGGACUAGAAAGCUUAGACUUGGGUUGCAGUGUCCAUGGAAUCACUAUUAAGAGGGGGGAAGAAUUAGAUAGUUCAGUGAGCAGCUCCCUUCUAGAUAUGUAUUCUAAUUGUGGCCAGCCAGAAAUGGCUGAAAAGAUUUUUUCGGGUGUUCCUUAUAAGAAUUUGGUAGUUUGGAAUUCUCUAAUCUCUUGUUAUUCGAAAAAUGACUUACCAGAGCUCUCUUUAAAGCUUCUUCCUCAACUUGUGGAACAAGGAUUUUAUCCAGAUGCUGUUACACUUACUAGUGCCCUCGCUGCUGUUUCAUCCUUAGCUAUACUCAUUAAAGGAAAGGCAAUUCAUUGUUACCAAAUAAGGCAUCAUGUUCUUGAAGACAGCCAAGUAGAAAAUGCUCUUGUUGAUAUGUACGUAAAAAGUGGAUGCUUAAAGUAUGCCGAGCGUAUAUUCAAGUACAUGUCCAAAAGGAACUUAGUAACAUGGAAUACGAUGAUUGCAGGGUAUGGAUCUCACAGUGAGUGUGUGAAAGCUAUCAACUUGUUCAAUGAAAUGAGGAAAUCUGGAGUGAUGCCUGAUGCUGUAACUUUCCUUUCCUUGAUUUCCUCUUGCAACCAUGCUGGUCUAGUUGACGAAGGCCUCAAAUUAUUUUACUUAAUGGAAGAGUAUGGAAUCAAACCACAAAUGGACCACUACAUAAAUGUGGUUGACCUUCUAGGUCGUGCUGGACGCUUGGAUUAUGCUUACAAUUUCAUACAGAAUUUGGAAGUGGAACCUGACCGGGGGGUGUGGCUAUGUCUUUUGUCAGCCUGUCGGGUCCAUCAAAACGUGGAGCUUGGAGAAAUAGCUGGAAAUAAACUUCUGAAGAUGGAACCAAACAGAGGCAGUAAUUACGUUCAACUUUUAAAUCUCUAUGUGGAAGCUGGGAUGAGGGAAGAAGCAGCAAGUUUAAGGGCUCUGAUGAGGCAGAAGGGGUUGAAGAAGAACCCUGGAUGUAGUUGGAUAGAGGUAAAAAAUGAACUUGAGGUUUUCUUCUCAAGUGAUUCAUCCUCCACCAAGACAACUGCAAUCUAUGAGACACUCCAUAGUCUCAGAAGUAUUAUGAAAAAGGGGGAUUAUGAGACUGAACUUGCAUGUCUUCCUUCACCUAGUUGUUAAUUAAAGGAAUACUCUACUUUCAGGCGAACCAAGCAUCAAUAAUUGGACGAACCAUCAACUUUGUAAAAGAGCUAGAGCAUCAUCUCCGAAUGCUACAAGCUCAAAACACAUCAAUUUCUCGCCCAAAAAAGGCGAUAGAUCGGCAUCACCACUUUUUCGUGAUUUCUUCUCCAUCCAACAACUCUCAAGUUGUUCAUGUGAGUCAUCAGGGGCUGAGAUUUCUCGGCUGUUAGCGAUGACUCACAGAGAAGUGAACUUAGUAGAGAACCAUGCCAACAUCAAAAUACUCUCAAAGAGAAGAUCAAAACAACUCAUGAAGAUAGUAGCUGGACUUCAGUGUAUAUGGCUAAUGUAACUACUACUGUUGAAGGAUGACCGCUGACCAAAUGGUUAUUUACUCCCUCAGUGCUAAGGGGCCAAAGCAUCAUCUUCUCUUUCUGUGCAGUGAUUAGGUGAACGAAGCGGUUCAUGCAUUGACUUUGGAGUGGUGAGCUUGCUUAUUUCGAAAGACAUUCAUUCUUGGUCUCCUAUCUUUAGACUUAGUUUUAUUUUGAAUUGAUUUAGCUAUUGUCGGGGGCUUAUCCCGACAUAUACAUUUCUAAACUUUGGUCUGUAUAGAGGUAUUGUGGAUGACUGUGGACUUGGGUAUAUUGGCUAGUGUGUUGAUAUUUAUGAAAUAGUUAGACAUUGUUAAGUU